AUGAUUUACGUUGGGUUUCUCCAUCACUGGGCUCCAAUAGUUUUUGGUAUUCUCUCCUACGUUUGCAACGCGAUUUUUGUUUUCAUUGUUUUGAAGAAAACGAAAUCAUCCUUUGGCGCCUACAAGUAUAUGCUUAUGAGUUUUGGAAUCUUUGAUAUCAUGUACUCUACAGUGGAUAUGUUUGUGGCUAUGGGAUCUCAUAGUGAAGGAAAUACAUUUUGCCUCUUUGUCUCUCAUGGACCAUUUGCUGAGGUAAAUUACAAGAAAGCCCUCAUUUUCUCACUCAAGGCUAUUCAGGAUGUUAAUCUGGGGUUUGCUGCGCUAUGUGUUCGUUGUAUGUUCUUUUCGUUGAGUUACGGUGUUCUCGAAGUCCAUUUCAUCUAUCGUUACAUUGCUCUUUGCAAGCCAAAAUGGAUUUCAAUAUUCAGUGAUCCAAAAUGGAUUUUUGGCUUAUUUCUCGGAGAUCUAGGCCAAGGAAUCGUUUGGUUCUGUUCUGUGUUCUUCUGUAUGUGGUCAGAUGAUGAGAUGAGAUCGUACCUGGAAGUUCCAUUCCGUCGAGACUACAAUGCUGAUGUUUACAAAGUGCCAGUUCUUGGAAGUACGUAUUGGGGUGCCUCCACCAAGCUUAUUGUUCGUACAUCCUCUGGAAUCGUUAUCAUCUCAAUCAUCUCUUGCUGGACAAUCUAUUUCUGCAUCUGGACGGGUUAUACGACAAGCCAUCUUCAGAUUCACAAAACUCUGAAUACUGUUGACAUGAGUAAGAAUACCAAGAAGAUGCAUCGUAAUCUUCUGAAGGCAUUAGCAAUUCAAACUUUCAUUCCCUUUGCUGUCAGUUAUGUUCCGUGUGUUUUUGCCUGGACCGUUCCAUUGAUCCAUGUAGAUUCGAAAAGUUUGAACAAUUACACUGCUGUAAUUGCAGUUGCUGCAUUUCCAUUUAUCGAUCCCUUGGCGAUUAUGAUGCUUCUUCCAGACUACCGUAACGCCUUUUUCAGAAUCUUCCUUCCAUUCAUUUUCAAUCCAACUCGUACCUAUCCUGGUACAACGGCUAGUGAAAUUUCAGGAAGAACAACAAAUACUUAA